CUUUCUUCAGUUCAGAGGUUGUAUUGCAGCCAUGAGGACAAAGGGUCUCGCAUGGAGCAGACUUCCAUUAUUGAUUAUGUCUGCAAUAAGUCUCCCACUCAUCGCAGGGUCGACUGGGUUAGUCUGUUACACUGCUGUGGAAUCACUGGAUUUAAGUUGCCUCCUGCGGUGGGAUUGUCCCCAUGCCAGUCCUAAUAUCACCUACACUGUGCAGACAAAGACUCAGGGGGACCCCUGGCAGGACGUCCCUUGGUGUGUUUGGAUCUCCUCCCGGAGCUGUGACGUCUCCCACGUCUUUUCAAACUUUGAGCUUUACAACAUGAUUCGCCUUGGAGUCCACCUCACCCCCAGCUCCACUGUUUGGAUCAAACCACACAAGUUUGACUACAGUGACUUUACCUUUAGCCCCCCAUCCAUCUCAGUCUCCUUGAAGAAUGACAGCAUGUCUGUGGAGGUGCAGUUUCCUUGUGCGGCCAACAGGAGGUGCGCUCAUGAUGUGUGCUGUCCCAUCUCAAAACUGAUAGACCCCUGGACCACAGUGACUGUGUACAAUGAGCUCAAUCGCUCUGAAAACCAGAGCCGCACAGUUUGGACCCAGGAAGUGGUUUCCACCUUGGAGUUUUCAGGUCUGUCUCCAGGUCAGAGCUACUGUGCCGUCGCCAACUUCUCCUUCCCGAUCUACUCUAUAGCUGCCUCCCCAAAAUCUGCUCCAGGGUGUGUUGCAACUCGUUCCAGUUCAGGGAUGCUGCUGAUGUAUUGUGCUGGCAUUGGUCUGUCCUUUCUAGUCCUUUUGUUAUUUCUUGCCGUGUUCCUGCAAAAGCCCAGACGGGACAGACCGACCCCUGAUAAUCCACCGAAGGCUCUGACGGCGGCUCAAGAUCUGGAUUCUUUGGCUCCUCCCGUCUUUGUCCCCGUCGACCCUUGUGAUAUAAACUUGGAACUCUUAGAUGACCACAGCUCCAACAUGGGCUUGACCUCAAGUUCAAAAAGCAAGACCUUAAGCCCACAUAUGCAUUUUGAUGCCAGUGGAGGUGUAGUAUAUUGUUACAGUGAGGUACUGAAGCAAAAAAGAUGAUAGGACUCAUCAUGAGCAAUCCUACUUUGUCUUCUUUCUUUCUGGAGACGCGUCAAAUGGAAAAUAGAAGACUUUCAAACAAAGGGGUUUGGUUCAAUGGAUCCUCCAUACUGGAUUAGGAACAAUGCAUGAUCCCUUGGAUUUGAAAACCUACUUUCAGUGUAAAGACACUUAUGACCCCAAUUUGCUCUCUCAAUAUGGGAGGUAUAUGUAGCUGAAAACAUCAUACAGACUUUUAUCAGUUUAUCACAAGAAUUAGAGGACGUGGAUCAAGGAGUGCCUUCCUGAGUAAUUACUAUUUUUUUUAUGAAUCCAACUUCCUUCGAUGAACUGGCCUUUGUGCAAUUUGGAGGUGUGUCCACCUCUGCACAUCUUAUACCUCUACUCCAUCAAUAGGGUUUAUAAUGUACUGUAUAUCAGCCUGGAGAUUGUAGAUUGUUCACUUUAGCUUACGGAUGGAAGUAUUUUUGGUUUCAGCCGGAGCACAGAGGAAAACAAAAACAACAUACAUACAGUUGAAACCAGAUUUGUACAUAGUGAGAAAAUAUUUAUAAUCAUUGCCUGAAAAUAAAUCAGAUAAAAUGUUUUCAGUCAGUUAUUUCUAUUUACUCAAUUUCCAUAUAAUGUGAUUUUUUUGUUUGCUUUUUUGUCUAUGGCUGUUCUCUAAAUCCAAAGUUAUAUCCAUCAAAAAUGCAGCCUCUUUAAAUCCAGGUGAUGUCAUGCUCUGUAAGCUUCAAAUGGGUUAUCCCAUAAUCUCUGAGGUAAU